GUGUAGCAACACAUGGUGGUCAAAGAAAUUAUGAUCAAUUUUUUUUGUUACACAGUUGAAAUCAUACAUUGAAUAGAUUUUCUUGUUCGAACAUCUCCAAAAAUGGCAGGGUCGGCUUUGCGCAAGCCUUUAAUGCGCAUCCCCUACACCGACGUGUUUGCCUCACCGCGAAUAUUUCCCGUGACUGCCAAGACGACCAAUGGAGCUGUAGAAGCCCUCCUGGAAUUCCUCGCGACGCCAUCCGCAACCGGCCCGUCGACGACCACAUGCCUAACGGGUGCCGGUGUGUCCGUAGCUUCGGGUCUUGCAGAUUACCGUGGCGACAAGGGAACAUAUCGCGUCAACAAAUCCUACAGGCCGAUAUACCACCACGAAUUCCUGGCCAGCCAUGCCGCUCGCCGGAGGUACUGGGCGCGGUCCUUUCUGGGCUGGACGUCGCUGCAAAAGGCGAGACCAAACGCUGCACACAGAGCGAUAGCAAACCUUGCGAAAAUGGGCGUGGUUUCCUCUGUCGUUACCCAGAACGUGGACGGACUCCACCACGCCGCGUGUGAAAGUCUAACGGAUGCACUUGGCAGGCCGAACAUCGUGGAGCUCCACGGCUACCUACGAGCAUUGGUGUGCACAACUUGCAAGAACGAGUAUCCCCGAGAUCUGUUCCAAGAGAAUCUGGCCCGGCUCAACCCUGCCUGGGCAGUAUUUUUAGAGCAGGCCGUGGCCUCAGGGGCCCUUGGGACUGAAGAUCCGGCAGAGCGGAGAGCCAAGGGUAUAAGGUCAAACCCGGAUGGUGAUGUCGACCUGCCAGACGCUCCUUACACCACUUUUCGAUAUCCCGCAUGCCCCAGCUGUCUUGCGCAUCCGCCACCGUUGAUUAAUGGCGAGGUAACAAGGGUCGAAGUGGACAAAGACGGAGCUUGGGAGUCGCCCAGUAAUGCCGGCAUACUGAAACCAGCCGUGGUCAUGUUUGGUGAAAGUAUCGCUGGCAGCGUCAAGGCUGCUGCAGAAGAGGCCGUCACAGGGGCAGGCAAGUUGCUUGUACUAGGGACCUCUCUGGCAACGUACUCGGCUUGGCGGCUUGCAAAGUUGGCAAAGGAUAAGGGUAAACCCAUUGCCAUUGUGAACAUGGGCGGAGUGAGAGGAGAGGAUGCUUUUUUUGUAGAGAUAGACCACCAGCAGACAGGAGCCGAAGGGGUGAGAGUCGAGAUGCCGACAGAGGUCAUCUUGCCUGCGCUGGUGGAAGCGCUCGGCCGGACAUCCACUGGGGCGGCUUCAAAUGUUCAGCCGGGAUCCGAUCACCAAGGUUCGGCGGUGUUCAAAGAUAUGUUGUCAUAGACUGUUAGAUUAGAACAUUUCAGAGGCUAAAAGAAAUCGGCACUCGCAGGCUUCCUUGGCUUUGGCUCAGAGUCCUGUUCGUUCUCUUCCACCGGCGCUGCUUCUGUUGAUGCUUGCUUCUUCUGGCGCUUCGACUUGGGUUUCGGGGUGCUAUUUUCGAUCUCUCGGAGGACUAGACCCAAGUGUUAGAUACCUUGAGCUUGAAAUUGAUAUGGUUUGGGG